UGUGAACAUGGCUUCCACAAAUGUUGCAGGCAACGUGAAAAUAGCUUAAAUGGUUGGAAAUAUUGUUAAUGUUCCACAAUGACAACUAAAACCCAAUCUAGUGUUUCUUCCGAUGUUUCGGACAUAGAUAAAUGUACUGAUGAAGUGGAUCCACGGGUGCAGGUUGAACUGGAACGCCUGAACACUGCUACCGACGAUAUUAAUAAACUUGAAGUAGAUUUAGAUGAAGCAAGAGCUACAUUCCGUCAACUCCUGUGUGAGUCAACAGUUCGUAUUGACAGCCUAGCCAAGAAACUUGGAGCCUGUGUGGAUAGGGCGCGACCUUACUAUGAGGCCCGCAUGAAGGCCAAAGAGGCCCUGCAAGAGACUCAGCAAGCUGCAGUGAGGUUUGAGCGUGCAAAUUCUGCACAUGCAGCAGCAAAGGAGAUGGUGUACUUGGCAGAGGAGGGACUCAGUACAGAAGGGCGAACAUUUGACCAUGCAUGGCAGGAAAUGCUUAAUCAUGCCACCAUGAGGGUUAAUGAAUCAGAGCGAGAGCGAACACUGAGUGAACUGGAACAUCGCCGCACCUCGCAGUCUUACCACCGUUCUGAGAUGCGUGUACAGCAGCUACAGAAGGACCUGAAGAGAGCCAUUGCCAAGUCUAGCUUGAAUGCACGCCGCAGCUUGCUGCAGAUAAACAGUCUAGCAUAUCAGCACCAGCUGCAGCUCCUACCAUACUUUGAGAUGAAAGCUCAGUUCAACCAGCUGUUGGAAGAUCAGAAGAAACGUGUGAAGAGCCUGGAGCAGCAGGUUGGACAUUCCAAGAUGAGUUAUGCAGAGGCUCUGAGGAACCUGGAGCAAAUAAGUGAUGAGAUACACAGGACUCGCAAGUAUGAGGGGGAGAUGGCAAGUGGAGGUGACCCUUUGGGUGCCCGAGGGUCUGGUGUUGGGGCCGAGUCUCCACUACCUCUCACGGCUAGUUCUCCAGACACAAACCAUGCUGAACUUCCACCUUGCAAGAUCUCUCCGCCUGGUAUUAGUUCAUCUUCCCUUCCAGAUACAGAUAUGUGGUCUGAUUCCACGGGCACCGGGCCACCAGACUCCGAUUCCGGGGAGGAAUUCUUGCAUCUUCCAGAGAAACUUGGACCAAGUGCCUCGCCUAUUAUUUCUAAGGCUGGUAAGGAAACUAUGGUCUCACAGAUGUCUGAAUACAUGGGUCUGUCUGAUCUUUCUGGAGGCAGAGAAGUGACAGCUGAGGACACUAGCAGCAUUCAGCAGAUGGCAGAGCUGGCAAUACGAUCCCAGAACGCAUUGCAGCCUGUGUCAAUGUCACCAAGACCCAGUGUGGUCAGUAAACCAUGGUUAAAGAUUAUGGAGACAAGUUUUGUAGAUCAGAACCGGUUGUCAUCACGGAUGGGUUCCAAUCCAUUCUUGCAACAGGAAGAUGUGCAGGUAGAUGAGAAUGGUGGUGGUUCUGAAGGUGAGGACAGGAAUAGCUCAGCUGAGAGUCCAUUGCUUCCACUGGAUGACUCUAAUGAUCAGAUAUGGACUGAAAUUAGCCUUGUGGAUUCUCCAGAGGAAUUCUCACAAACAUUUGCGAAAAUGGGAUCAGUUGCUUCCAGACACACAGACAAGGACUAUAUUCAGUACUCCUCAGUAAUGGAUCAGACGGCACCAUCAACUGUGCAGACUGCCUCGACAUCAAAGUCUGAAUCAUCUAGUUUCACCAGUGUUCUGAAAAACCAAUUCCUGCCUGCAGUCAAUUUCCCUGAGCAAACGUUCCAACAGGUGAGCCCCAAGUUAAUGAAGAAAACAGGUAACAUCUCUCAGAAUGCCUCUACUGCCAGAUGUGCACCUGAAAAUGAGAACAUAUGGCCUAAAACAGUUUCAAAAGCAUAUGAAAAACAUCCGUUGUUAUCAGAGAACUCUGAUGGACAAGUCACAAAGCCAGGAGAGAGGAUUACAGGUGGCCACUUGGCGAGAAAGGCCAAACUAGACUCCAGCCUAUCUGGGUGGAUAUCUCGGUCUACAGCGUCAGCUGAGGUCAGUGAACAGAACCAAGGGAACUUGAACCGGCGUCAGAGUCUGGACACCCUUCGGUGGGGUGGUCCUACAACUGAGAGAGUGAAGGAGCUGCUGUCCCAUGGAAUAAUGAUGCUCAGCAUAUCAUCACUUACUGAAAGACGAGCCAGCGAGCCCCGAGCAGCACCUGAUAAACUGGAGCAGGACAAUAUGAUCACUGCAGAGGAGAAAGGAAGCAACCUCACCAAGAAAGUGCCAUCACCACUGGAGAAGUCUUUGACAUACCUCAAUGCUGAGGAUGAUUCAACAUCUGACAGUGAAAGUCUUGCCAGUGUGGAGAUGUUGACUGAUGAUCAGAUUUCAUCACUGAUGUUGGAUCAGGAGAUACAAGAUGCAUGUGAAGAAGUGUUAGGAACACCCAUAUCAGAAAUAUCACCACUCAUCCAAGACUUAAAGCAGCAUGACCAGCAACCAUUACAGCAGACGCCACGGCAUCAGAAGUUAGCAGUUAUGGCAGCGAAUGCUGCCCUGGAAACAAACAAGGAGUAGAGUGGGACAAAUCUUUUCUUUUUCUUUCAUAUAUUUUGAUUUCAAAUUCUGCCAGUAGGAGAGUGGUGCUAAUCUGCUAGCCCUGUGCUUGUCGGCUGCAAUCGUCUGUGGCAGAAACAUGCCAGCUUAGAACUGACUUGCGUCAGGAACUCCUAGUAAUGGUAAAUGGUUGAGAAAAAAAGGAUGCAGGUACUGACUUAUUUUAGUGUAAAAUGAAUAUGCAUAUCAUACAUCAUUGUAAAUAUAAACAUUCCUCCCUUAUGUCAUAUGUUCUAAAUAUAAAUAAAAGAGCAACCAGUAGGCAUUUGAAGUUGCAGUACUACAUUUUGCAACUCAAUUAAUAUGAGAAGACUGCCACCCGUAUAUGAUAACUAACCCAUGAGCCAUAUUUAGCAAUGUUUUCAAUGAAAUUCCUUUGAGAUCUUCACACAUUUACAAUGCCGUGUCCUAUGAAUUAUGCAGCAUUAUUUUAACAGUCCAUAUUAUACAGUACAGAAAAUUUGCAUGCAUGGCCUGACUGAUUAGUCUAAGUAACAUGGAAAUUGUUUUCACUGAAACUAUUAGUGCAAACAUUUUUUAUAUUUUAAAAGACUUGUCAUCAUGCUGUAUUUGUAGCUGUGUCGGGCAGCAUAUAUGAUCAUACAGCAGUCAUAUUUUGCAAAAGUGACAAUAUUUAUUUAGUUAUUUAUUUGUGUGUGAUUUAUUUAACAAUGCUCAGUAGCUCAGACUGUAUAACAAUUAGUGGUAGGAUGAGUAAUGAAUGAUUAAUUGGAAUCUAUGUGGAAGGAAUUAGUCAUGCCCUGUUUCAAGAUGUCAUACCAGUGUGAGGGUCUGAGACAGGAGAUAGGAGUCAAGAUUCAAAUCAGGCUCAUCCUGAAUACACAUCAUAAGCUUUGCCACCUAAGCCAACCUGCUUGGUUAUUUUACUGAAGUACCUAAGAAUGAAGGAAUAAUAUUAAUGUUUAUUGUCAUGUUACAGUCAAUUACAGCAUAAGUUCUUGACGUAGCUUAAGAUUAAUAUUACCAUCCCAAACUUUUGACAUCUACAAGUACAGACUCACUGUUAUGCAGGUAAGGUGCUUUCCGCAAUGACAUCUAACAAAUAAACUCUUAAUUAAAAUUUUUGUUAUAAUGUUCUAACUUAAAAUUUUUGUUAUAAUAUUCUAACUUCAUACAUAUUCAGUUAUGAUUAGUUCAGUAAUACAAAAGAUUUUUAUUUAUUUGUUUCAGCUUAAAAUAAAGAACAUCACCAUUAAUUCAGCACACCACCAGACAUACAGAUUUCACAGGACUUCAUCAUCAGAAAAAUUAAUGUGCAAUAUAUAGUGUAUGAUUAUGUAUAAGAAGGUAACAGGAAAGAUUUAAGGCAUUUAAGAGUCCUAAAGUCAUGUACAAACAUAAAUAACAACCUUGAGAUAGUUUCUGCAUUAUAUCAUAAGUGUAUGCCUCUGAAGAUGACAGAUGUCAAAACAUGUUGGGAAAGUAAUAUUAAUCUUAAGCUACAUCAGGAGCAUGUGUUGUGAUUGUAAUAUGAUAAUAAAUAGUGCUAUGGGUUACAGUGGUGCAACUCAGCCUUAAAAUAGAAUAAUCGGAAGGGCAUGGGUGCCUGAACUGCAUUUCAUCUGCAAAACUACUGAACAGAUUUUGAUGAUAUUUAGUAUGGAAUAUGCUGAUUAAAAAUUAUCAAGAAAGUAUAAUUUUGAUUUAUAUUGGUCUAAUGCAACACUGCUUUACAUGACAUUCAAAUUAAAUUUCAUUGCUUUUCUUAAAAAGUCUGUUGCACAAAAAGUAUGUGCAGAACAUUAAAUGUAGAUGCUAUGUAGAUCUACAACUUCCAUUUGAAACAUUUUACACUUUGUGAAAUAUUUAAUGAAGCAAAGGAAUAAUAAUUUGACUGUGAAAUCUGUUAUCAGUAUAGUAAUUAGCUUUACAAUAGUUUAUUAAUAAAA